GCUCCGACGCCGGCGCUCUCAUUAAGUAGUCUACGACAUAGCCAAGAAGACGAUGUCGGCUAGAUUGCUGAAGAAAGUUUUGAAAGAACAUGAACAACGGAAUCAGCAAUACGUAGCAGAAGAAGAAGAAGACGGUAAGCGGCGGCUUAACGGCGACGAAUCGGACUCGCCACACUCGGGCAGUCGUUCUUCCAAGAACCCAUUCGACCUACUCAACGAGGAUGACGAAGAGGAUAACACUGACGAGGUAGAGGAGUCAGAAGUUGUAGGUGGGACCUUGGCUGAAAAACAAGAAGUGCCUCCACUGAAAAAUACUUCAAAAGCAUCUGAUAACAAAUCAAGGAAAAAGAAGAAAAAGAAAAGCAAGGGUGGUUCUUUGAAUUCUUUGAAUGCAAAUGAAUCUGAAAAACCAUUGGAUGCGGCUUUAGAAACUUUAUCUUUGGAUGUAAGUUUGUCCAAACGUCAGUCUGGCCCUGCUAAAGCCAAAUCAGAAGAUGCUGGAGUUUGUGACAAUCUGGUCAAGCAAACUGGCCCCUCCAUAUUAGAAGCAGAUCCCAAACAUCUUAAUGCUGAAAAUGAGUUGAAGAGAAUAUUUGGUUCUAAAGUAGUGAAAUCAUUUGAGAAAAGCAAUCAAAGCAGCGGUCACAGACAGAUACGUGGAGGAAGACGUGGAAGUCAUCACAUUAGAAAGACUAUUCUGGUAUCUCCGUCAGACCAUUGGCCUCGCUGGGAUGGGUCUAUGUCCAUGGAAUUUGUGGAAAGCAAGGACGGGUAUAAUUACUUCAGAUACAUUUACUCAUCUUCCUACGGUGAAGCACAGAGAGCAUUUGAAGCUGCCCAGGCUAUUCAUGAUCUGAAUGGUGUAGCAAGUGUUCUGAUGUAUCACCCGUAUCACUUAGAUGCACUUCUAACAAUGGCAGAUUAUUUUAAAUUUGUGGGAGAGCAUCAGAUGUCGGCAGAUUCUAUUGCAAAGUGUUUAUAUGCCUUGGAAUGUGCAUGGCAUCCCAUGUUCACCCCCUUUCAGGGUAAUUGCCAAUUGAAGUACAGUCAUGAUGCAAACAGGCCAUUGUUCAAAGCACUUUUCAUUCACAUGAAAAAUAUGGACAGACGUGGCUGUCAUCGAUCAGCUCUAGAGGUUUGCAAAUUGUUGCUUUCACUCGAUUCAGAUGAUCCAAUGGGAGCUAUGUUUUGCGUUGACUACUUUGCUCUGAGGGCAGGAGAAUAUGCAUGGUUAGAACGAUUGUCUGAAGAAUAUAAAAGUGAGAAUUCCUUAUGGCUGUUCCCUAAUUUUGCAUAUUCCCUUGCUGUUUGCCGAUUUUAUCUUGAGAGAGAGAAUUCCCCCGAUGAUGCUUGUCUGGAUACCACAAAGGCUACUUCUGCUGAUCUUAUGAAUCAGGCUUUGAUGCUGCACCCUGCUGUCCUUAAGAAGCUUGUGAACAAGGUUCCUUUAAAGGACCAGGCAUGGACAAAUAUACUAAAAAAUUCCCUUUUCCACUCUGAUCAAACGGGGGUUGCAUCCUUGGAUCACCUGAUUAAUAUUUAUGCAGAGAGAAAUUAUCUCAUAUGGAGGCUUCCAGAUCUGCAACGAUUACUUAGAAAUGGUGCACAGCUUGUCAUUGAAUCUCUGGAACAGAACAAAAAUGAUGCUAGAGAUUGGGCUUGUGUGAGAGAAGAAGCAUUCUCCUCUGGGAAAAAUGAGUAUGCUCAUUUGUUGGUUCAGGAUUUUUCAGACACGGUGCCAACUCUUCCACCUGAUAACCUACAAAACUUUAUGGUCGAUCCAAGGGCAGGUUUGCAGAUUGCUGACGAUGCCGCCAAUCCACUUGAUGCUGACCAUAUUCCACUACCGAGGGACAUAGCAGAUGGCAAUCCAUUGGCUGUGUUGAUUGAAUCAAUGCUACCAUGGAUGAACUAUGGUGAUGCAGGAGAUGUUGCAGCUAUUGAUGGAAACCAGCAUGGCCAUGACCAAGAAGAUGAAGGUGAUUGAGGGGCUAUGUUAUAGAGAGUCAACAGAAAACUAAUUUCAUUGUAUCCAAUUUUUGUUGAUGAACAGUUCAGCCGGGGCAAUAGCUAUUCCAUGUAUAAAGAAUACCGAGGCAAAUCACGAUUAAUCGCAAUUGUUGUUAUCCUGAGAAUUUCGUUGACAUUGUUAAGCAUCCUGAAAGAACCAGGAAUUGAUUCCGUUCUUUUGCCUUUUGGCCAUGGAUUACAAUUAUUACUUUGACAU